UAUAUAUAAGACAGAAGUUUGGAUUUCUUAAAAUUCCAUUUCUCCUACAACCAUCAAGAUGAAGAGAUUCUUGUCCCACUUGCUUCUAGUCAUCGGAAUCUUCGCCACGGUGUUCCGUUGUGGGUCCAGUCAAUCUUGUCACCUCCGAGAACUGGAUUUAUGCGCUGCGACUCUUGUGCUUUUCAAUCAAAGUCCGACAGGUGUCGCCACUAACGAACCAGAUUUGAACAGACAGUGCACGUACAUCAAUGAAGCUGAGCAGUGCUUCAGGAACUUUACUGUGCGAUGCAUGACGCCACUGCAAAGAGAACUGCUUGGAUUUGUCAGUGAAGGGUCCGAGAAGUUACUGAAUGAAUACUGCACACCUGGAACCGAUCUGAGAGCCAGUUAUCUGAAGCAUGCGCCUUGCCUCAAUGAUGCUCACAGUUUGCAGAAAGAUUGUUUGACUGAUUUACAAGCAGCCAUGGAAACGAUAUCCAGCUCUGAUUUUCAAAAGAGAAUUCCGAUGGCUUGCUGUGGUUAUCAAAGAUACAUGAAUUGUGCUCGCACUACAGUGGAAAAGAAAUGUGGAAAAGCAGCUGUUGACUUCAUGCAGCUCUUGUUGAGAAAUGCUGUAUCCAGAUUGCCUGACAUUGUGUGUACAGGGUACGGAUCUGAAAAUCACGAAUGCCACAGUCUAUUACCUCCACCAGGUACACAACCGCAAGGGUCCAAAUCAGAUUCAACACUUUCUCGUCUUUUUGCAGCGUAUUUAGGAAAUUAAUUUCCUUUUCAUAAUCUCAUUUUUUUUUUUUUGUAAAUAACUUUUAUAUUCACAUAAUUCUACUUACUUCUAUGUACAAAGAGCCUUCAGACAUAUGCAAAAUAUGAUUUAUGUCAGUAAAUAUAAAGUUCAGAUUUUCUUUUUUAUACGAGAACAAAUCCUUUGAAAGGAAAAUAAUGACAUAAAAGAAGUUUUGUUUUGAUCUACUUAAAAUCUUUGUUUCAGAUUUCAUCAUCAUUUUGAUAAUUAUAUCAUCUGAUAACAUUGCACUGAUUAAAUACAUAACUCAAGGCCAUUUGACUAUCAUAAUAUUUCAUCGUACUUACAUAUGUCAUUAUUUCGCUAACUGUUUUUCAGAAGCGAAACGUAAACUAAGUUAAUGAAUAAGAAUGACACAAGCUGUUUAAAUAAGAAUUGGAAUUUCCGAAUAAUUAUCUUUUUGAUUGCAAUAGACAUGCAGACUUAGUGUUCUGAAUUGGAGACUCAAUCUUCAGAAACAUAUUUUAUACAGAAUAUUCAUAUUAAUAUUGUUCUAAUAAAAUAAAUAAACUACAAAUUUAACGGAAUAUCGUCUGCUUUUAAGCAAAAAAAAAAAAAAAAAUCUAUUAACUGCUUGAUAAUCUAAAUAGAGAUUGAAAUUAAAUGCUAAAAAUAAAGUCUUUAAUAAAUAUUUUCUUCUAAGAAAAUAAAUAAAUAAAAAAAACUUCGAUAAAAGUUACAUAGCACAUCUUUUGUAUGCACAUUUCAGCGAAUUGUCAUGUUUAUUCAU